CAACACGAACGUGGCCCAAGAAACUCAACGAUCAAGAAACAGAUGGCGCUAUAUCUAAAAGAAACGGCAGCAGCUGCAGCAGCAGCGGCAGCCGGUGAUCUACCUCCGCCGCAUCUCACCAAUGGUUAUCUGCCAGGGCCUGCUUUCUUUCACCCGUUUCUCAGCGUUGAGCCCUACCCGAGUAUCAUCGUCAGCCCCGCCGAUUACCCGAGCUUUUCACCUCAAGCCAUACCGUGCUAUCCAACUCCAAAGUACCUUCAUCAUGGCCAUGAACCGGUCACACUGAUGCCCUCUGUCGGUUCACCGGUCCCUCAUGAAUCCGUCUCGCCGAUGCCACCCGUAGGUUCGGUCGAAGCGAUCUGUGAGACCGCCGCUCGCCUUCUCUUCAUGAGCAUCAAAUGGGUUAAAAACGUUCCCGCCUUUAUCAGUUUACCGUACUCAGAUCAGCUCACGUUACUUGAAGAGGGUUGGAGAGAGUUGUUCAUCUUGGGAGCAGCGCAAUGGCAGAUGACAAUAGACGGGCCAGGUCUGAUGGCUUCAGCAGGUAUGAAACCCGACACAACACCAGCUGAGAAGUUAGCGGCAAUCUCUAGCGAGUUACCGUUGUUACAAGAAUUGAUCGCCAAGUUCAGACAACUCAACGUUGAUGCCACAGAAUAUGCUUGCUUAAAAGGCAUCGUCAUCUUUAAAACAGAUGUCAGCGGUGUGAAAGAAGGCUCAGCAGUCGUCAAACUCCAGGACCAAUCACAGUUGGCGCUCCGAAAGUACAUCACCGUCCGCCAUCCCUCCCAACCCUAUCGAUUCGGCAAGCUCCUUCUUCUGCUUCCUAGCGUCAGGGCGAUAAGGCCAACCACGCUGGAGCAGAUCUUCUUCCGAAAAGCCGUGGGAUCGACGCCCUUCCAUACGCUCCUGACAGAUCUGUACAAGAAUGAAAACUUCUAGGAAACGAUAUAGGACGUGAAACUGUAAAGUUUUGGAACAGCAUGUGGCAUUCACCUUGCGUUGGUUGACGUCGCUUCACUGCAGUUCAGUCGAAAUCUUUGCUCUACAUUAAUCAACGCUUGGAGACGAUGUUGACCUUCACUCUGCGUUGAUUAAUUGACGCAUGGAUACGUUUUUUUACAGUCACUCCGUUUUCGUUGACGCUUGACUGAGAACGUCGUUGCACUCCGGUUCUGUCGUCACAGUUACCUGGCCUUUGGUGUUAGCUGACGGUUGGAGACGUCGUUGACCUUUUCUUUGCGUUAGUUGAUGGUUGAAGACGUCGUUGAACUACAGCUCAGUCGUGAACUUCACUCUACGUUAGUUGAUGCUUGAAGACAUCGCUACGCCGCGCGGUUCGGUCGUGACUUUCACUUUGCGCCAAUAAAUGCCGCUUUGAGACGAAAUUGCAUGUGUUCACUAAUCAGUUCAGUCGCCAUGGUCGACUCCGCCACUCCCCGCCAUUUUACACCUGAAUAGGAUGUUGCACGGCAGACAGUCACAGCUCACUUGAGUUCAGUAACAACCUCUUAUCUGCGCCGGUCGGUUGACACUUGAAGACUUCUUUGAAUUGUCGACAUCGUCUGUAGAUCAGACUACCUAACGAUGACAAGCAUGGAGUAGAUAAUAGCGCAUAAUCAUUUUGUAUGCAUUCUCGCAAUUCACUUAAUAUGAUAAACAUUGUGAAAGCACCUUCAAGCGAUGCGAGAUUUAAAUGUAACUUAUGGAAAUGACAUUGACAUAAUCAAUGUGACACAAAUAUGCACAAAGCACCUGAUUUUACACGAAUCUUCAUUAACAUACCAUGUAGGCCGUUUGAUGUGAGCAAAUACACCUUUCAGAUAGAGUUUCUAACUUACAAGCAAGCAAUCGAUUUCUCUCCUUCACUCACAGUAAAAAAAAAUCCUCGAUCUUUUACUUCAACUGUUCUAAAUAAACAGUAUAAACCUUGAAUUAUACUUACAGAAUCUUGAGUCAAAUCGCCUGACCUCAAUUUAGAAAUGUUAUAUCUUUAAAAAAAUUGUUGCAUGAUCAAAUAGAAUACACAAUAAUUAUUGCACCAAUUAGAAAAACCCGAAAAUUUUCCAUGAAAGCAUUGAAAUGAAAAGUCGUCUACCAACAGCAUUGUUAUAACCACCAAUAAUACAAUUAUCAUUACCGAAAACAGAAUUAACCGAAUGUAUGAUUUAUGGAUCAAGCAUUAUUUUAGCUUUUUUACAUUAAAGCAGUUUAAAAAGUAGUCGUAAUUUCGCCGAAGAACAUGUAAAACUUGUUUAUUUGAGAACACAAUAUGUUGUACGUCAGAAGUUAGAAUAAAGAAGCCGUUUGGACUCAGUUCCUAUAAUGAUAUGAAAUAAUCCAAUAGGUAAUUUUUCACAGGACGAUAUACAAAUAUAGAUUAUUUGAAAAAUAUCAGAUUUAUAGUGGUAAUCUUAAUAGUUGUCAGAUUUUGUAAAUUAAUGAAUUUUGAGAUGAUCAAGAUUUAUUAAUAUAUGUGAUAACAAUAAUGAUCAUUCUAUUGAUUUAUUAAUUUUUAUCUAUUUCAAGUUUGGUAUGGCUCAUAUUAUAGAAAAUGAAAUGACCGUUUUAAGAUAAUUGCAUGACAAUCAUAGGCAUAAGCGCUCGUAAUGAAUUUAAAGACUUAGUCUAUAUGAAAAAAAAAUGCAAAGCUAAGCAUUGGUUUGGUUUCAAAGGGGGUAUAGUAUUCUUUUAAUUCCUUUUGAAUUAGUUUGAAUGAAUUGAAUUGCGUACUGAUUGGAAACGAUUUUUUUUCCACCAAAUCGUUCAGAGUAAAGUAUACAAUGAUUAACAUAUAAAUUAAUAUCACGAAUUGAGGAACUGACAAGAUAGUUGGAGUGAAGCACAUUCCCUAAUAACUAAUAAAUUUGACGUUUUUUGUGGAGGGGACUAUUCGUGGAGCGUUGUGGCCCAGUGGAUCGGUCUUCUGACUUUGGAGGGUCGUGGGCUCGAAUCCCAGCCAUGGCGUAAUUUCCUUCAGCAAGAAAUGUAUCCACUAUACUAUUAUUAUUCUGUCAGAUUUUGUUUUUAUAUGUUUUUAACUCCAAAAUAGACGCAAUACCUCAUACCUCAAAGAAAAAUCAGACAAGCAC